UCGGGGACUCAACGGGACUCUAGCUGUGGAGUCUGGCCUAGCACAGCUCCCACCCAGCUUUCUAGGGACAUUGGGUUCACGGGGACUCAAGGGGUGGUCUGUGCGCACAACAGGGCCAGCUCAGGACACGGGUGGUCAGUGCACAUAGCAGGGACAGUUCAAAACACGGGUGGCCGGUGCGCACAGCAGGGACAGUUCAGGACACGGGUAGUCUGGGCGCACAACAAGGACAGUUCAGGACAUGGGGGAGGUCGGUGCACACAACAGGGACAGUUCAGGACACGGGUAGUCUGUGCGCACACCACG